AUGCCGCCGGACCCCCCGCCCCCCCAAGAUGAUGGAGAAGUUUGCUAUUCCCACCAGUAUGACAGCCACUCCCAUCCUGAAGAAGAGCAUGGUAAAGGAAUCUGCUUACCUGUUAUCCACAACGCUGCAUUCACUUACCCUAACUGUGAUCUAGACUGGAAACCUUCUGUACGAUGGUUGCCCUCUCCAAGAUACUCAGAUGCUCCACUGCCUCACAUCAAAGACAACAAAUUCCCGGAUCGAAUCAGACUUCAGCGUUCUUAUCCAAGAAGAGGUUUGGCCGGUGGAGCAGAAUGGAGUUUUUACCCAAACUUCGGAUUGCCCUUCACUUAUCACACCGGCAAGCGCUGCGUUAUUGACGGAGUUCACCAAAGCAGUCAGGCGUCCUCACGUGUACAGGUGUUACCGACCUGUUUGGGAAGGAAAAAGAAAGUCUAUGACCUCAGAAAUGGAAUCCCUGAGGCCCAGCCAGGUGAUAAACCUUUCUACACAGUGGAGUACAGUCUUGACUUCCACAAAUUUGGAGCGACCGUGCCGGUGGUUAAUUUUAGGGAAUCAUAUAAAGUUAAGGCUGAUACAUUUAUUCCUCUUCAGAGAUUGCCCAAGAUGCCAUGUGUUCCAUAUAAAGUCAGAGUUCAGAAGAAGAGCGUGGAGGAAGAACUGAGAGAUGUGAAGGAGCUUAACUCCUGGAAACCUGCUCAGCGAUCCUUCCUCUUUGACUUACCCAUCAACUGA